AUGGCAUACCAAAGCCACACCCCUUCUCCAGCUGGGACCCCUUCUCCCUCCUCUUCCACCAGUGUGUCGCCCUACAUCAACCCCUCACCCCUCGACAUGGUCGCGAAUGAUGACCACGACUCCUCCUACAGUGCCCAAGGAACACCCAAUCACUCUACCACCAAUCUCCCCCGCACUCUUAAUGCAGGCAAAGGAGGAUGCUGGACAUGCCGCGUUAGACGGAAGAAAUGCGACGAGCAGCGCGAAGGUGACUCCUGCCGGACAUGCAAGCGUUUGACAAUUAAAUGUUUGGGUUGGGGGGCCAAACGUCCUGAUUGGAUGCGGGACAAGAAGAACGUCGAUGCCUACAAGGCCAGCAUCAAAGCACAACUAUCCAGGGCAGGUCUCAUUCGUGGACAACCUCGACACAACCCUAUGCAAGUCCCAUCACAUCGCGCAGUCCAGCAGCAGCAGCGACAACAAGUUCGACAAACGACUGUAAACAGUCACACUGGUUCAGUCAAUGUCACUCGAACGAACUUUGAGUCAUUCCACCAUCCUCUGGAUACUUCUUUCAACGCACAGCACGGCCCCCACCUGAUGUCCGGGAUGACCGGAGCUCCUUCCUCUUUCGAUGACCACAUCAGCCGACAAUUCGACACCUACGACCCUACAUUCUUCCAGCAAACAGCGUUAUUCAAUCCGUCGCUAGGUGGAGAGAACACAGACUUCGGACUGUUGUCAACACAGACCGCAAAUGACGUCCUGUUUCAAGACCCGACUACGAUGCCGGCGUACAAUUCUCCUGCUAAUCAGACCGCAGUCCAGGAAGAGCUCGUGAUGCACUACUUCAGCAAUGUCCAAAAAGCCCAACCGUUUUUCGCUGGUGAAGCCCUAACAGAUAUUACGUAUUCGGCAAUCCUCGAGGAGCCCAGAGGGGCCGUAACAUUUGCUAUCUGUGCACUGGCUGAGCUGCACUUGAAGCAGAUGAGGGUAUCGCAAGGGCUUGAGCCUAUCAACGCAGCUGCGGAAACCUCCACCAACUAUCUUCGAAAUGAGGCGGUACUUCAGCUCGAUAAUAACAAAAACACUCACGGCUGUUGGUCCGAGAAGGACGCCAUCGCAGCCCUGCAUCUCGUCAGCCUGUCCCAACUCUCCGGAGGUGCUAGUGAUUGGGAAUCGCCUUUCACGAUCCUGUGCCAAUGGCUUCACCAAACCAACCUCCACCUCGCAGAAAACCCUUGGUUGACGUUCCUCAGCCUCACUGCCUCCGUCCAGCAUCUGGUCAAGGCCACUUUGUGGCUCGAUGUUUUCUCCAGCAUGUCGACUCUUCGACCACCAAAAUUUUUGCCAUUGUGGCAGAAGCUCUUGGGGGAGAAGAACUUCUACGACCUCGACCUGCCGCGGAGCAUGCACAUGGAGGCGCUCACAGGCUGCCCGGACGAGGCAUUGCUGGCGAUUGCCGAAAUUUCCGCCCUUGCUCACUGGAAGACCUCCCAGAUACGCAAUGGCUGUCUAAGCUAUCCUGAUCUCAUUCGUCGGGGCACUGUCAUCGAGCAGCAGCUUCGCCGACAGACGGAGCAAUCCGUUGCCACCGAUGGUGUUCAAACAGGGCUUGGUUCUGCCAACGCUACACAUCCCUCGGUUGAAGAGCGGUCUUUGAUCGCAAAUAUCUUCCGCGAAGCCGCAGACCUCUAUCUGCAUUCUGUUCUCAGCAAUUCAACGCCUGGCGUACCCGAAAUAGGAUCGUGUGUCACCACGAUUGUUCGACUGUUCACUCAGCUGCCCGCCAGUGAAGUUGAUCGUACCCUGGUUUUCCCAAUCUGCCUCGCAGGUUGUAUGACUAAUGAUUCCACGGUGCGGGACUUCUUCAAAGGCCGCCUUCGUCUGUUGAACGAGAGUUAUGGCAAUCUGCUCCAAACUCGUCGACUGAUGGAGGCCGUCUGGCAGAAACGAGAUAUCGGUGGCAAAGAAGUAGAUUUCCGCGAAACAAUACGAGAACAAGGAUUGAAAUUGCUCCUUAUUUGA